CAUCGGUUUGUCACGUGGACGCCACCUCUUCGAUCCUUUCAACGCGCGGCUUCACGGUGAGUGCUGGCUUUUUCGGAGCUCUUCCACUUAUUUCGUUUUUGACUUCUCGCAUCAAGGUCCUAAUAUCUCUGCUGAACUGAUUAGUAUCAAUUAAAGCAAUGGGAAAAGAAAAAAUACAUAUCAACAUUGUUGUUAUCGGUCAUGUCGACUCUGGCAAAUCGACAACCACUGGUCAUCUAAUUUACAAAUGUGGGGGCAUUGACAAACGUGCCAUUGAGAAAUUUGAAAAGGAGGCCCAAGAGAUGGGAAAAGGUUCAUUCAAAUAUGCCUGGGUGCUUGACAAAUUGAAGGCAGAGCGUGAACGCGGUAUAACCAUUGAUAUUGCACUGUGGAAGUUCGAAACUGGACAGUAUUCUGUCACCAUCAUUGAUGCCCCAGGUCAUCGUGAUUUCAUCAAAAACAUGAUUACUGGGACUUCUCAGGCAGAUUGCGCCGUCCUGAUUGUUGCAUCUGGGGUGGGAGAAUUUGAGGCUGGUAUUUCAAAGAAUGGACAAACAAGAGAACAUGCACUUUUGGCAUACACACUUGGAGUAAAGCAAAUGAUAGUUGCUGUAAACAAAAUAGACAGCACCGAGCCACCAUACAGCGAGACCAGAUUCAAGGAAAUUGUGAAGGAAGUUUCAGGUUAUCUGAAAAAAGUUGGUUACAACCCCAAAAAGAUUCCUUUUUUGCCAAUCUCUGGGUGGCAUGGAGACAACAUGCUUGAGAAAUCUGAAAAAACAAAGUGGUUUGACAAAGGUUGCGUUUAUGAAGGCGAAAAAAAUGUUAAAAAAACUGCAUUUUGUCUCUUUGAGGCCUUGGACAAUAUUGAACCCCCGACUCGACCGACCGACAAGCCCCUUCGUCUGCCUCUGCAGGAUGUUUAUAAGAUUGGAGGUAUUGGAACAGUUCCUGUGGGACGUGUGGAGACCGGCAUAAUUAAGCCUGGGAUGGUUGUUACGUUUGCCCCGGUCGGCAUUAUGACUGAAGUUAAAUCUGUGGAAAUGCAUCAUGAAUCUAUGGACCAAGCUCUGCCUGGUGAUAAUGUCGGAUUCAAUAUCAAGAAUGUUUCUGUAAAGGAUAUCCGUAGAGGAAAUGUAGCUGGUGAUAGUAAAUCUGAUCCCCCUUCGGAAGUUGCGGAUUUCACAGCUCAAGUCAUAGUAUUGAACCAUCCUGGGCAAAUUUGUGCUGGCUAUGCACCUGUGCUAGAUUGUCAUACAGCUCACAUUGCGUGCAAGUUUGCCGAGUUGAAAGAGAAGAUGGACAGAAGAUCUGGUAAAGUACUGGAAGCUGAACCAAAAUUUUUGAAAUCUGGUGACGCAGCUAUGGUCAGACUUGUUCCAAGCAAACCAAUGUGUGUCGAAGCGUUCAAGAAUUAUGCUCCGCUUGGUCGUUUCGCCGUCCGCGACAUGCGACAGACUGUUGCUGUUGGAGUCAUCAAGGAAACUACCAAAAAGACCGGGAAUGUGAAAGAAACCAAGGCCGCAGCUAAGGUCAAUAAAAAAGCAGGAGCCAAGAAGUGACUGGAAGCAUCUGGCGCCCAUCAACAGCCUAGACCUAAAAAAAAUUCGCAUUUUAGUUUUAAUUUCUUGAGUAACUCUCUCUGUCGCGUGUUUCAUUAUGUGGUGUGUUUUUCAUGUAAUCACCGAAAACAUUUCCGAAGGAAAGGAUAAUUCGCGUUUCUUUUCUUUCAAUUUCACGUAUCUUAUGGUGUUGGUCUGAAAUAAAGCAAGCUUGCGAAUUA